CACGUGAUGUGUCGCAACAGGAAGUGUGUGUAGAAGUUGGAGGCAGGAGCACAAAGCGGGACAUCAGACGUGGAAAAUCUUUGAUAUAUGAAAGAAUGUUACAAUUCUAAAAGAGGAACGCUUUCGUAGUGAAAGGAACUCCCAACUUCACAAAAAAGGACAUCAGUUCUUCCUCAACAUGAUUGACGUAUAAACAAAAGCAGCAACUUCUCUCAUCUUGUUGUGUGCUCCUCACACACUCACCUUUUCCGCACGAUGGACCAACCUCUGCUGCAAGGAGAUUCGAACCAGCGCUCAGUUGUUUUUUUCCGAUUGCUCAAGAGAUGUUUGCCCAUACUGACCUGGUUACCUAAAUACAACACCAAGUGUCUUCAGAUGGAUCUGCUUGCGGGCUUCACUGUUGGCCUGACAACUGUGCCACAAGUGCUGGCCUAUGCAGAAGUAGCAGGACUUCCUGUGCAGUAUGGACUCUAUUCUGCCUUCAUGGGCGGCUUUAUCUACGCACUUCUGGGGACAUCCAAAGACGUGACUCUUGGCCCCACAGCUAUCAUGUCACUCCUGUGUUUCUCGGUGGUGGGAGGUGAGCCACAGCGAGCGGUGCUGCUCAGCCUCCUGUGUGGAAUCAUUCAGGCUGGAACAGCUUUGCUCAGAUUAGGAUUCCUCUUGGACUUCAUCUCAUUUCCUGUUAUUAAAGGCUUCACUUGUGCUGCAGCAAUAACUAUUGGGUUUGGCCAGGUGCAGAAUCUGUUGGGACUCAAGGAUAUUCCACACGAGUUCUUCCCACAGGUGUACUACACCUUGUCCCGGAUCCCAGAGGCCCGCAUAGGUGAUGUAGUGCUCGGUGUGCUGUGUGUUGCUGUGCUGAUGAUGUUGAUGAUGAUGAUGAAGACAAGUGUGGGCAGUGAAGAUUCUCCCAGGUACGCUAGGAUUGCACAAACCUUUGUGUGGACUGUUGCCACAAUGCGUAAUGCCCUGGUGGUUGUGGCUGCAUCUCUCUGUGCAUUUUCAUGGGAAGCUUACGGUCAUCACGUCUUCACCAUCACUGGUAAAACAGCACAGGGCCUACCAGCCUUCAAGCCGCCUCCCACUUCCGACACCUCAGCUAAUGGCACGGUGGUACCCUUUAAACAGCUCGUACAGGAUUUUGGAGGGGGUUUAGCUGUAAUUCCUUUCAUGGGUCUGCUGGAAAGCAUCGCUAUUGCUAAAGCAUUCGCCAGGAAGAACAAUUACAGGAUUGAUGCCAACCAGGAACUGAUGGCCAUCGGUGUGACUAACAUCAUGGGCUCCUUUGUGUCCGCCUACCCUGUCACUGGCAGCUUUGGCAGGACUGCAGUGAAUUCUCAGACUGGUGUUUGUAGUCCAGCUGGAGGCAUUGUCACCAGUGUGAUAGUGUUGCUGUCCUUGGCCUUCCUCAUGCCAGCCUUCUACUACAUCCCUAAAGCUUGUCUGGCUGCUAUCAUCAUCUGUGCUGUGGCUCCAAUGCUGGAUUAUCAUGUUGUGGCUGACAUAUGGCAUAUACACAAACUCGAUCUCCUUCCUUUCAUUGUUACCUUCCUGAUGAGUUUGUGGCACGUGCAGUAUGGAAUCAUGGGAGGUGUUGCUGUAUCUGCAGCACUGCUUAUGUACAGCAUGGCUAGACCACGCAUACAGAUGUCCGGUGAAGGUGUGCUGCUCAUCCAAUUGUCCAAUGGGCUAAGCUUUCCUGCUGCGGAAUACCUGAACUACAUCAUCCAUACUAAAGCUUUGCAGGUGUCACCUGCUCGGUCAGUAGUACUGGACUGUCAUCAUGUCAGUAUGAUCGAUUACUCCGUCAUCCAUGAGCUCAGCGACCUGUUGAGGCACUUCAAAGUCCAAAAUUUGCAUCUGAUCUUUUCUGGCUUGCAGCCACACAUAUUGGAGGUUCUUCUGGCUGCAAACUUGGAGGGCUUCAUGGUUAAAGACAGCGUGGAAGCUGCACUGCAGAUGUGAGAUGAUACAUUAAUGAAUAGUCAACAAGAUACUGCUGAUACACACGGAACCCAAGUGAAGACUUUUUGGUACUACAUUGGCUUCACCUAAUGUCCAUGCUGGUAUUGGUAUUUGUGAAACCAGGUGACACAAAGACAUACUAAAACUAAUCAUGAUUUAUAUAUAUAUAACAUAAUUAUACUAUGUUAUAUAUGUAUCAUAAUAUAUAUAUUUUUUUUAUUCUGGACAAUGUACAUUAAUGAACAAUCUGAUUAUAGCAUGUUGCUAAUUUACAUUUGUAGACAAACCGUAUUUUCCGGACUAUGAGGCGCACUUAAGAUCCUCUCAUUUCCACAAAACUCGACAGUGCGCCUAAUGUACAGAAUAAUUUUGGUUGUGCUUACUGACCUCAAAGCUAUUUUAUUUGGUACAUGUUGAAAUGAUAAGUGUGACCAGUAGAUGGCAGUCACACAUAAGAGAUACGUGUAGGCCGCAAUAUGACUCAAGUAAACACCACCAAAAUUGUAUGUGUUCCAUUGAAAGUAUAGAACAUUACACAAAAAUCUAUCAAAAUGGCUUAGUACGACUUUGGUAAGCUAUGAAGCCGCACCGCUUGAUGGAUUGUACUGUGUUUCAACAUAGGGGUAUUAUUAUGGUGUGUAUAUAAGUUAAGACAUAUUAUCUGGCGUUGUGUUUCACAAUAUUAUGCAAAAUAUACUUUUUUUUUACCUUUUGGUACCUGCUGAUCUGUAUUUGGGAUCUGCAUAAGUUGUGAAAAUUUGCGCGCAUCCGCCUUUGUAGUCCUUGCUGAAACCGUAGUCGAUAAGCUCCUUCUUUUGGUCUAUUUUCUUGUUAUGGGACAUUUAUUCUCUGCUGUUGACAUUUGUAAUAUAAAGUAGUGUAAAGUUCUUAUUUAUAUCUGUCAGUAAACUCGCCAUGAAAGCACUAAAACAUACCGGUGUAGUGAGUUUACAUUAUUCAACCAAGGAACUUUAGUUACUAGAGAGUUCCGGUCGGACAUUUUUUCACGGGACACAUUUCCGGCGUUGUUGUUGCAUUAAUGAGCCACGGAUGAGGAGAUGCUGCUCUGUUUUUGAUUCAAGUCAAGUCUGAAUGUCAUUUAAACAGUUAGCUCCAUCUUUUUACACUUCUUCCACUCCCGUCCUUGCACGCUACACCGCUACAACAAAGAUGACGUAGAAAAGACGCUGCCGAAAGUGAGCCACAUAAAUAAGACUGCCCACAAAACACGCAUCCUGAAACGACUUUCAGAAAGCGGCUUGGCGAUGAUCUGUAAAACAUAAUCUAUGCAACAUUUUGACCAAAGAACCACAUCUUAUGUAGACCACAAGGAAGUGUUAUUAAUUCAGAAAAAAAUGAUAAUAAUAGGACCCCUUUAAUGUGCCCUAUAAUUUGGUGCGCCUUUUGCAUGAAAAUAGACCUGGAUAGACCCGUUCAUCGGCAAUGCGCCUUAUAAUCCGGUACGCUCUAUGGUCUGGAAAAUACGGUAUAUUGCAGGACAAUAUGAAAAUAUCAUGUUAAAAACACAUAGGCCCUGAUUUACUAAAGGUUUGCGUGUACUAAAACAUAUGCAAACUUGACAGCACAGGCAAAGCGUACUGUUUAACAUGUGCAAAGUCGAUUGGGUCUGUUAAGUCAGCAAAAUAAGGCGUGCACUAUUCUUCAUUAAUAUGCAAAAUAUGCUGAUCAUCAAUACACCUACAAUACUAAGAGGAGAAAAUGCAAAUAUAAUUAUUCAGCACACUACAUGAUUUAUCAACACUCAUUACUGUUUUGAGUUCAUUUAGCAUACGUUGUUGUAACAGGCACAUCCAUAACACGUAAUAUUUACGUUUUAAAUCGUACGGUAGCGCAUUUGUUUUAUAAAGCACAUUACAACUUUCAAUAGUUCCUUCAACAACAACAUGACUAAUCAUGCUGACUUCAUGAGAGCCUGCGACUACUUUGGGAGACUGGACACUGGCCGAGAGUUGGUUGGCAACCGAGAGUGGAAUCGGCUCUCUUUGUUGCUUUGUUGGGUCUGCUCCUGUCUCUUGCCAUGCUCUUUCCGCCCCAGCAGACGAUGGCAUGGAACACCGCAGAGGCCACCACAGUGUAUAUGUUUCUUUGACUUUUUAUUCAUAACUGUAUGUACAAGUGUCUGGUUGCAUCAGCUCCGCUACUUUAAUGUCUUUAAUGUCCUUCGUGUUCUUUGAUGUUUGAUGUUUUCCUCUUACACACAUGUAAGAGGGAUGUGUCCUAUGGCUAUGAGUUUUGUUUUUUCCCUUGGCCUCAGUCUGGACCCCCUCUCCAGGGGCCCAGGCUUAGACCGAUUUUUUUAUUGUAUUUUAUUUUAUUUUAAUAUUUUCUUUUUUAAUUUUAAUCCUGUUCCGUCUCCCUGUAAUGUUUGUCUGACCUUGAAUGGGAUUGUGCUGAAAAUUUUAGUUUCCCCUCUGGGAUUAAUAAAGUAUGUCUUGAUUCUGA